AGACUAAAAAAGUUAUUAAAAAGUUAUUAUUAUUACAAAAAUGGAAGGGUUAACUAACAAAGAAUUUUCAAGGGAAAAACACAUUAAAUAUUUUCUUCGUUGUCUUCAAUGUUUGCCAAUACCAUAUUCGUCUCUCGAUACCAGCAGAAUGACAGUUCUGUUUUUUUGUUUGUCUGGGCUUGAUCUAUUAAAUGCUUUGGAAAGAAUAAAAAAUGAACAUCAGAAUAUUAUCAACUGGAUCUAUUCUUUACAAAUUCUACCAAAAAACGAUGAAAGUAACACAACAAAAUGUGGUUUUCGUGGGUCGCCAUUUCUGGGCUCAAAAUAUCAAACAGAAGGAUCUUUUUCAGUAUCAGAGUUGUAUGAAAGCUCACACAUUGCAAUGACCUACACUGCCUUGUGCUCAUUGAUUAUACUAGGAGAUGAUCUUUCACGUGUCAAUCGUAAUGCAAUUAUCAAUGGAAUUAAGUUUCUUCAAAAAGAAGAUGGGAGUUUUUAUUCCACUCAAGAUAAAAAUGAAAAUGACAUGCGCUUUUUAUAUUGUGCUUGUUGUAUUUCUUAUAUUCUUCAAGAUUGGAAUGGUUUAGAUAAAACGAGUGCUGUAAAUUAUAUUCGCAUGAGUAUGUCAUAUGAUUAUGGAUUAUCCCAAGGACCACAAUUGGAGGCACAUGGAGGUUCUACAUAUUGUGGAGUUGCAUCUUUGAUUUUAAUGGAUAAACUAGAAGAAUGUUUUAAUGAAAAAGAAAUCAAAUUUUUAAAAAGAUGGUGUUUAAAACGGCAAAAAAGUGGUUUUCAAGGAAGACCAAAUAAACCUGUAGAUACUUGCUAUUCAUUUUGGGUUGGGGCUUCUCUAAAGAUGCUAGAUUUUCUUAAAUAUUCAAACUUUGAAUCAAAUAAUGAAUUUAUAAUUUCAACGCAAGACACUAUAGUUGGUGGUUUCAGCAAAUGGCCAGAUGUUCACCCAGAUGUGAUGCAUAGUUAUCUUGGUUUAUGCGGGUUAUCACUUAUGCAGUUGUAUAAUUUGUCACCGCUUUUUCCUGCGCUAAACAUUAGUGAACGAGCUUAUCAACAUUUACGAAAAAUUCAAACUGAAUAAUUAGAUUUGUUAUGAAUUAGUUUACAAAAUUUUAUACAAUUUAAAUGAAAACUUAUUAUAAAUUUUAUAAUAAUUACUUAUGUUAACAAUAA